AUCGCAUCCUUUCCACAAGUGAAUACACGAAACUCAAGACACAGGACACAAGCACACUUACACAUCACAAAAGAAACAGAGAAGAAGGAAGAAGAUCGGAGGCGAUGGAGUACGAGUACCAGUACAGCAGCAGCUUCAACAAGGAGAAGAGGCCUCCGGCGAAGAGGGGCCAGGUCAAGAUGCAGAUAGCGAGGGCCCUGAGCAACCUCGUCUCUCCGAGCACUGCUGCAGUUGCUGACGGCUCGAAGCAAGCAAAUCGCAACAGCUUCAGAAGGGAAACAAGCUACUAAACGAAAUGGUUUUGCUGUGUGGGAUAUAAAAUUGUGUUACUACUAGGCUCCUAAAUAGGUAGCUAUUUUUUCUUUUUGAGGGUUCUAGCAGGAUCAUGCCAGUCAAGUACUGAGCGCCUGGCUGAUCCACUAGGCUAUAACUUUGCUUGAGUGGAAAUUGAUCCAUGUUACUUGUGCAUUAUGUAUGUAUUUUACAAACAAACGUUCCAUGUGUUAGAUUAGUAUUGCUUGCGCUGCAAGUUAGGGUUAGGGCUGCGGUUGUGCGCCCCCCCCCCCCCCCUCCUUGUUCUAUUUAAACCCAUGUAUUCUCUCAUUGUAAACCAUUAAAUUAAGCUCAAUAUUAAAACUUUUCAUGGUA